AUGCGCACGGAACGAGCUUUGGAAGCAGCCUCUCGUGAGCGUUCCCAAGCUCAAAUGGACAAGACAACCCUCUUGGACAAGAGUGCAGCUUUUGUUCGUGGACUCGAAGGUCAAGCUGAAGACAUGAGGCGUGUCAUUUCAGAGAAUAUGGAAACGAAGAUGGCUAAAACCACUCAGGAGCACAUGCAGGGGGAGGUGACGUGGGACAAGUGGGCGUAUACCGGUAGCAUGAUGGAAAUUAGCAACACGAAAGCAUUGUUGAAGAUCGUCCAAGACAAAAUAGCUAACCCAUUUGCUUGCUUAACACUUGGUGGGUUGCAAGAAAACAUCGCGGAAGCAAACCGCAAGAUUGCCACAGCCAAGGCAACCCAGCCAGAGUUGGAAGCACAGAAGGAGGUCAAGGAGACCAUUGCCGCUAUCGAAGGAGACAGCCCUUGA